AUGAGCUCGAUGAUGCGUAAGAAAACCCAAGUCUCAUUCGUUAUUCGGGACGAGGAGGAGAAGAGGCAUAAAAACGGUGUAAGCUCACUUCAAUUGGAUCCUGUACAAGGAAGGCUUUAUACCGCCGGUCGAGAUGGCAUCAUUCGCGUAUGGCAUGCUGGGAACGGUUCCCAGGACCGCUACAUUCAAAGCAUGGAGCACCACACGGACUGGGUUAAUGAUAUCGUGCUCUGUUGCGGUGGAAAAAACCUAAUUAGUGCUUCUUCGGAUACCACAGUAAAAGUAUGGAACGCCCCUAAAGGAUUUUGUAUGUCCACGUUAAGGACUCAUAAAGAUUAUGUACGCACGUUGGCAUACGCAAAAGAUAAAGAACAAGUUGCUAGUGCUGGAUUAGACCGAGCUAUUUUUUUAUGGGAUGUUAAUACGUUAACUGCAUUAACUGCUAGCAACAAUACAGUAACUACAUCUAGUCUUGUUGGUAAUAAGGAAUCCAUUUACAGUCUUGCUAUGAAUCCACCUGGGACUAUCCUGGUUAGUGGUUCCACCGAAAAAGUCCUCAGGGUUUGGGAUCCUAGAAAUUGUUCACGUCUUAUGAAAUUAAAAGGACAUGCAGAUAAUGUUAAAGCUUUGGUGGUCAGCAGAGAUGGCACACAAUGUGUGUCAGGUAGCUCUGAUGGUACCAUUAAGUUGUGGUCAUUAUCACAACAGCGGUGUGUGUCCACCAUCCGUGUACAUUCCGAAGCAGUUUGGGCCCUGUUAGCGACUGAAACAUUUAGUCAUAUCAUAUCUGGAGGUCGAGACAGGCUUGUUAUUAUAACAGAGUUAAGAAACCCUGACAACUUUAUGAUUGUCUGUGAAGAAUCAGCACCAGUACUCAAAUUAUGUUUUACAGCAGAUCAACAAGGUGUUUGGGUUUCUACAUCAGAUUCAGACAUAAGAUGUUGGAAACUUCCUCCAGUUAACACAUUAAAUUCAGAAAUGUAUAACCAAAACAAUUACAAUACAAAUAAUGUGUAUCAAACACAACCCUUGCAUCACAUACCAGGUGGACGUGCCAUAAAAAACUAUACAGUACUAAAUGAUAAGAGACACAUUUUGACUAAGGACACAUCAAACAAUGUUGUAUUAUAUGAUGUCUUAAAAGCUUCUAAAAUUGAGGAUUUAGGUGAAAUUGACUAUGACGAAGAAGUUAAGAAACAUUUUAAGAUGGUAUAUGUUCCAAAUUGGUUUAAUGUUGAUUUGAAAACUGGAAUGCUUACAAUACACUUAGGACAAGAUGAGACUGAUUGUUUUAGUGCUUGGGUGAGCGCAAAAGAAGCUGGGUUGACAACAGAGAAUGAUCAAAAGGUUAAUUUUGGAGCUUUACUGUUACAAGCAUUAUUGGAGUAUUGGAAUCAUCCAAAUAGAGUAAAUGAGGGUGGUCAAAAAGUAUUUGGGAAUAAUUUCUUUUCAGUACCACUACAUACACCACUUAUUUUUAGCGAGGUUGGUGGAAGAACAUUGUAUAGGCUUCAGGUUGGUGACGCUGGUGGCGAAACAGAAGGCAACAUUUUGUUAGAGACAGUGCCCUCAUGGGUUGUAGAUGUAGCAAUAGAGAUGGCUGCACCCAAACUAAACAAACUACCAUUUUACUUGCUACCACAUUCCAGUUGUCAAAGCAAACAGGAUAGACAGAAAAAAGAUCGUCUUGUAGCCAAUGAUUUCAUCCAAUGCCGUAAAGUUGCCGAACAUGUUGUGGAAAAAAUCAUUGGUGGUGGAGACGUGAACGGGUCUGGUACAGCCAAGACUGAGGAGAACUCUGACGCACCUGAAGAAAAAGUUGAACUGCUUUGCUGUGAUCAGGUUUUGGAUCCCAACAUGGACCUACGUACAGUACGUCACUUUAUAUGGAAAUCAAACGUAGAGUUCACACUACACUACCGAAUAAUAAAACAAUGA